AUGUCACUUGAGGAAAGCGUUCAGCAGUGGCUUUUGUGGGACAAAGAUCCCCAAACGCGAGGGGUUAUUGAAAAACUUCAGCGAGAGGGGCGCAAAGACGAGUUACAGCGUCUUCUUGGAGCUCGAAUGGAAUUUGGGACCGCCGGCCUUCGGUCAAAGGUGGGCGCUGGGAACAGUCAGAUGAACUCCCUGACGAUCAUCCAAACGGCACAAGGAUUGAGUACAUAUCUAAGAUCCACCUUUACAGUCGAUGAGCUUGCAUCAAAAGGAGUAGUGAUUGGGUUCGAUGGUCGCUACGGCAGUAAACGAUUUGCGGAGUUGUCGGCGAACGUUUUUCUUAACGCCGGCAUCCGCACGCGACUUUUUGGCCAAGUUGUGCCUACGCCCUUUGUUCCUUUUUCCAUUCGGCUCUUUGGUUGCGUGGCCGGGGUGAUGGUCACCGCGAGCCACAACCCCAAGGAAGACAAUGGAUACAAGGUGUACUGGAGCAACGGCGCACAGAUCAUUCCACCCCAUGACAAAAAUAUUUCACGUGCCAUUAUGGACAACUUGGCUCCUUUGGAUUCCUCAUGGGAGACGGCAGCAGGCGCCACGGAUCCGUUUCAAGAGGUUUGGAGCCAGUACUUUGCCACCCUCAAAUCCGAAUACAAGCCACUCGCCGCCGACCAUCCUGUUAACUUCACCUAUACGGCACUGCAUGGUGUGGGGUGCCCGUUUACGGUGAAGGCGCUGGAGACUGUGGGGGUUCCGCAUCACUGCGUCAGUGUUGUAAAGGCACAGGCCACACCCGACCCCGAAUUUCCCACAGUCAAGUUCCCAAACCCGGAGGAGGGCGCGGGGACACUCACCCUCGCCAUGGAGACAGCAGCAGCGUCGGGGUCAAGGUACAUUUUGGCUAAUGACCCCGAUGCAGAUCGACUUGCUGUUGCUGAAAGGCAAAGCGACGGAAGUUGGCGCGUGUUCACCGGGAAUGAGGUUGGAGCUUUGCUUGGUUGGUGGACCAUUUUCCGCGCCCGUCGCUUCGGAGAGUCGCUACAAGACUGUUACUUUGUGUUCAGUAUUGUCAGCUCAAUGAUUCUCCGUUCCAUUGCCACAAAGGAGGGGAUGCGUCAUGCCGAGACACUUACAGGGUUUAAAUGGAUGGGAAGUUUGGCGGAGUCUCUCCAGCGGGAAUCUUCGGCGCGUGUUCUCUUGGCGUUCGAGGAGGCGAUUGGGUACAUGUGGGGAACCCGCGUCUUUGACAAGGACGGCGUCACAGCUGCCGCCGUCAUGGCCGACAUGGCUUCCUUCGUUGAGAAGGAGGAGAAGAAGUCUCUCUCUGAAAAGCUUCUUGAUAUAUUCAAAGAGUACGGGUUUCAUUUUACCUGCAGCUCCUAUGUCAUUGCCCGUGAUCCUGCGCGUAUUCGGGAGAUGUUCGAGGCAAUGGCAAAGAUGAAGGAUGGGGCCUACCCAGACAAGGUUGCAGGAGCCGGUGUGCUGCACAUCCGGGACUUGGCUACGGGGAUAGACACCCGGAUGCCUGACAAGCGGGCGACGCUUCCAACCUCGCCCUCAAGCCCAAUCGUGACCUUCUACUUUGACAACGGGGUCACCAUGACUAUUCGUGGCAGCGGCACGGAACCAAAGCUGAAGUGGUACGCUGAGCUCAUCACAGAGGACCCCUCGCGCAAGAAGGAAUUAAGUGUUUUUGUCGACAAGGUUGUGGAAGAACUUGUGCGGCCAGCACACUACAAUUUUGAAACCCGUUCUCGUUAG